AUGAGCCCCAUGCUGCUUCGUGCCCUGAGCCUGCCUUGCCAUCUGCUUGCUUCCAAUAGGCACUCCUGUGGUUGCACGAUAACAGCCAAGUUCGCGUGCGCCAUCAACCCAACUCUCGCCAUGAACUUUAAAAUCCUCGCGUGGAGCUUUAUACUUAUCCAAAGCGCUAUGGCGCUGCCAAUUUCUAUCCAUGAGCGAGAAUUGUUAGCCAGUCGAACAGAUACAAAAGGCAAAGACCAGUGCGCGGAAGAGUUGAAAUUCUCAGAAGGGGAUGAAGUCGCCAAAUUAAGUGUCGAUGCUGGAGAGAAGAAAAAGAAAAGAAAAGAAAAGAAAAGCUGGGAGUGA